CGGUGAACGAGUGUGCGCGCGGCGACGCGCGUUCUGAGAAUACAUCGUCCGAACUUGAUCACGGUAAUACGUGCGAGAAGGAUCACCGAACGUCGAGCGCGACGCGAGCGCAUCGCGCGCGCAUCGGGGCGCGGGGCGCAGAAGGAGGGAUCGACGGCGACGAGAGCGACGCGCGAACGAUACGGCGAGGAUGGCGUACCCGACGCUGACGAGCGGGGCGGCGAUCGCGACGGUGGAGGCGACGACGCUGUUUUUUUUCGUCGUCGCGAUGGCGUUCGCGGUGCGGAGGGAGGAUGGGACGCGGAUGACGGCGACUGAGUUCGCGAGGGCGGCGAAGAAGCCGAACGUGCGAUGGAUGUCGGCGAAGAACUCGCUGCCGUGGCAACAGGUGGGGCUGUCGUACUUCGCGGGAGGUAUGGGGGCGUGGGUGUACUACGGCACGACCGAGAUGGGCGCGAACACGCGGUUGUCGUGGUGGGGGGUGUUCGGGUACUCGUUCGCGAGCGCGUCGCCGGCGAUUUUGAUGAUCUUCAUCGCGCCGACGAUCAAGGCGUUCGUGGGCGACAAGAAUGGGUUCUCGGUGACUGAUUUCGCGCUCACGCGAUUCGGUCGUUGCAUGCAACUCGUCGCCGCGUUCAUGAGCACGAUGUAUCUGUUCAUCUUCUUGUGCGCGGAAAUUUCCACCAUCGCCAACGUCGCCGCGCUCUUCUCCGACGUGCAGGGUGCGGAAUCCAAGUACUCUCGCGACGUCAUUCUCGGCACGGUCUGCGUCAUCACGCUUUCGUACACCAUGAUUGCGGGUUUACCCGCGUCCGUGAUCACCGAUCGCGUGCAAGGCGUGAUGAUUACCGGUUUCAUGUUGCUCUUCAGCUGCGUCGUGCUCGCGAAGAACGAAGUCACCGCGACGCAGAUGCGCGCGGUGUCCAAGUCCACCACGAACGGGUUUGUCGUCAUGAUCACUCUGAUCAUCGCUACCCUCGGCGCAGAAUUAUUCAACGCCGGUCAGUGGCAGCGCGUGUACGCCGCCCGUUCCACGCAAGAUCUUCGCAAAGGUCUCGCGUUGGGCGCCGGUAUGAUUUUUGUCGUCAUGUGGUUCUUCGGUAUUCUCGGUGUCACCGCCGUGGCCAAGUACCGCGCCGAUUUCGACGACUUCUCCAGGCUCCAUUACCUUGCGUUCUUCGAACUCGCCGAAGGUCUCGCAAAGGGUUGGCACGUAAUCAUUCUGAUUUUUGCAACCUCGCUUUGCGUGAGUUCGGUGGAUUCCAUCCAAAACGGCUUAACUUCUGUGUUAUACCGUGACAUCUUGAACUACGAUCUUCCAGCAAACUCGGUGCGAGUAAUUUGCGCUGCGUUGAAUGUCGGUGCCAUUUUCGUCGCCGUCGAUAAGAUUGACGUCUUGUCUCUCUUUUUGAUGGUUGACUUGGUGUGCGCGCUCGCCGCGCCGGCGCUCUACCUCGGUCUCAUCCGCAAAGACAUCAACUCCUUCAUCAUCGCACCGACCGAGCUCGGUGCAAUCAUGGGCGUUGUGUGUGGCUGCAUCGCCGUCAUCGUUCAAGGCGCCGUCCUCGAUUUGGACGGCGCGUGGACCGAUAAGUACGGCGCGGUGCACUCCACCAGGGCCGCGGCCAUGGUUAACCCGCCGAUUGUUCACCGCGCGUGGGGUCCGUUUGGAAACUUUUGGCUUCCGGACGGCACAACCAUCGAAGGCGGUGGCUUGCAAGCCUUUGGCGGCAAGCGCACUCUCCUCACGUUCAUCCUCGCCGUCGUCUUCUCUGCUUUCGGUACCAUGUUCUUCUCUUGGCUCGACGUGUACUUUCGCGGCGAAUCCGCCCGUAAACCGUUGAUUAAAGUCAAGUUGCUCAAGAAGGGCAGGACAGGCAUCGAGGAGAAACCUCUCGAGGCAGUCGAGACGACGACGGUGUAAACGACAAGAUUCGUACAUUUCAAGAUUCGGAGACAAUCCUUUGGAUUUUUUCCACCUUUUCUCACAAGCGGAAGACUCAACUCAGACUCACUUAGACGUAGCUCUUUUUUAGUUGCUCAGUCGUACGGUAGGUACUGUAGCCUCACUUCCAAUAAUAUUUAUAUUUUCUACAAAACAAA